CGUACCAUACCAUUGCGCCUUGAAGAAAUGCGCUUUUUGCUUGCUUUGCGGUGUCCUCGGCUCACCUGACUAUGCGCUUUACCGGCUCUGCUUUGCUCUGCUCUGCUAUCAAUUUGCUCUGCAAUUCUAUGACACCGCUUGGCUGCAUCGACGUUGUCGUGUCUUGAUUGGACAUGGCAAGCUGCGGGCCCAUGGAUCCGUCUCAGGUACGUCAAAGCGCUACAUCGGACGCUACGUCGGGAGUCUGUCAUGAGCCACAAUGGCUUUGCGACCGCUCUGCACACUCGCAGCACGAUCUCCUCUGACUGGUGCGGCAGCCGCUCCAGAGUCGCCACAGGACGACGGGCUGAGGGAGAGAGAUUGCUGGGCUUUCGCUGUGCCGCCGCACCCUCUCAACUCAAAUUCCAGACUCAGCGCAGCAGCGCUUCUGCCUCCGCCGCGUCCGCCCUCACACGCCCACGCACCCUCGCCGACGGUUAGUGGUGGCCUCAACUUCUUUCUCGUCCGUUGCAAUCAUCGUCGAUCGCAAUCGCAGUCAAGAAAGGGGCAGAGUCGAUUUCGACGCCUCCAAAGACGAUCAGACGACGUCUUUCGCUUCUCUCCCUCUCCUCAUCAUUAUCAUUGCUACCACCGCCACCAUCUCCAAUCGAGCUCAUCUCUCUCUCGCACACACAGUCCGCGACUUUCCAUUGUAAUAGAGGGCGCGGGAGCGAGAGGAAUCCGUAGGAUCUCAGACGUUAGCAGCGGGAACUCCAGCAAACGGCCGUCUCAACGAGAUACCGCCUGCGGUCUCGCAUCAUCAGGCCAAAGAGCCCGCUCUGCAACCUUUCGCGCGAGAGAGUCAACCAAGCCAGAACGUCAUCGUUAGAGUCAGGAGCACAUACACGCCAAUCUCCGGACUCGUCGUCGACUUUCGUUUCCUCAAAUCUCCUCAUCCGCACCUUUCGCCCUCAAGAUCCUAUCGUGUAGCUUUAUCAAAACAAAGAAACUUCUAUCCCGGCUCCAU